UACAAACAGAUCAACAACAACAACAACAACAACAACAACACUCCUGAUGAUGAUGAUGAUGAUGGUGGCGGUGGUGGCGGUGGUGGUGGGGGUGGUGGGGGGCCAGGACUACCCCGAGGGCUACUAUGCUUUUGAAGACGCCCCAGGGAAGGUACCCCGUGUUAGGAAGCCGCCUUAUUUACAGUCCACGGUUCCCUGCGCUGGGACACUGGAGAGCCCUGAGGAGGCGCGGCAGUCCCUGGAUAACCUGUGUGGGGACCUGAAUGACGGAAUCUUGCCCCUGAAUCCCUUAGGGCACAAUAUUGAUGGCCAUUCUUAUCCUUUCGGCCUGAUUAAGAAUAAAACGUUAGAUUUCUUCAGUAAAACUCUACCAAUUUUAAAAGAAGAUAAGACUUUGCCUAAGGUGGCCAAGAUGAGGAGCCAAAAUGUUCCUUUACGGGAUCAGUUCAGCGUGAUUCGUCGACCAAUCAGAUCAGCGGGAGAGGAGAAGGAGGAAGAAGAGGCGAAGGAGGAGGAAGAGGAGGAAGAAGAGGCACAAGGAAGAGGUUUCAGAAGACAAGGAAGAGCCUUCUGUGAUGAUAACUGGGGACUAAUUUGCCUCUUGUACAACACGAUGUCAGGGAAGGGAGACAGCGGCAUAGCACAAAAUAGAGAUGACUUUUUCUCUUCCUCCUCCUCUCCUUCCUCUCCCGGGUCUUCCUCCUCCUCCUCCUCCUCCCUGAACAGCCUCGUAGGGUCCGCGCAGCCCCUGACCCCUUGUCCCUCAGCUGUGGAGUAUAUUACGCCUGUUUUCGCAAGGAAUUAUCAAGGAGUUUGGCGUUACGUCGUUCAAAUACCAUAUGAAGGGUAUUUUACACAGACAGUUGAAGUGACCCAGUGUUUGUCGUCUCAGUGUCACUAUCUGUCCGGGUCGUGUCUCGCCUCCCCGCGGUGGGUGUCCCUGUUAGUCGCUGAAGUCUACUACCCAGACGCCCUCUUUCCUGCCAGACAGAACCCGCCAAAUUUAAGCCGCGCCGCCCUGCCUAGCGAAGAACCGCCCACGCAACGCUUCCAGGCCUUCAGAGAGCGGCAGGGCGUGGGCGUGGGGGCGCGGGCGGGCGUGGGGGGAGGAGGGCACGCCAGAACCACGCCUAUACCAAAAUAUUGUGACGGUGAAGAUGAAAUUGGGUGUUUUCAGGUUCGCCUCUACUACGACUGGUUUCUCGUCCCUGGGUCGUGCAAAUGUUGGAAGCAAGACUAUUUUGCUUCUCUCGCUUACAAAAAUAGAGAGAGAGAUAGCUUACUCUCUCUCUCUCUCUCUCUCUCUCUCUCUGAUGGGCAGUAAUUUUUGUUUUGUUUAGGUUAGGUCUCUCUCUCUCUCUCUCUCUCUCUCUCUCUCUCUCUCUCUCUCUCUCUCUCUCUCUCUCUCUCUCUCUCUC